GCGGAGGUCACGUGACGCCCGCUCCAGUGGGCUUGAGGAAGCGGCGGAGGCGGGAGGCCGGCGACGCCAGGGACCAUGGCCGGGGAGAUGACCAUAUUGGGUUCAGCCGUCCUGACGCUCCUAUUGGCAGGCUAUUGGGCUCAACAGUAUUUGCCUAUGCCCACGCCAAAAGUGAUUGGCAUUGACCUGGGUACCACCUACUGUUCAGUCGGAGUGUUUCUUCCGGGCACAGGAAAGGUGAAGGUCAUACCAGAUGAAAAUGGCCAUUUCAGCAUACCCAGCAUGGUGUCCUUUACAGCCACCGAAGUGCACGUGGGCUACGACGUCUUAGAACUGGCAGACUCCAAUCCCCAGAAUACCAUCUACGAUGCCAAAAGAUUCAUCGGGAAAAUUUUUACCCCAGAAGAGCUGGAAACUGAAAGCCGCCAAUAUCCAUUUAAGGUUGUCAACAACAACGGAGCAGCUGAAUUUUCCGUGACACGCAACGAGACCGUCAGGGUUUCCCCGGAGUACAUUGGCUCUCGACUGCUGUCGAAGCUGAAGAAGAUGGCUGAAGAAUACCUCGGGGUGCCAGUGUUCAACGCAGUUAUUUCGGUGCCCGCAGAAUUUGACCUGUUGCAGAGAAACCGCACUGUUGAGGCUGCGCGCCUUGCAGGUUUAAAGAUCUUGAGGGUCAUUAACGAACCCACGGCGGCAGCAAUGGCUUACGGACUCCACAAGGUCGAUGUCUUCAACGUCUUGGUGGUCGAUUUAGGUGGGGGAACCCUGGACGUGUCUCUGCUGAAUAAACAAGGAGGGAUGUUUCUAACCCGGGCAAUGGCAGGCAACAAUAAACUUGGAGGACAGGAUUUCAAUCAGAGGCUGCUGCAGUACCUGUAUCAACAGAUCUAUCACGCUUACAGCUCCCUGCCCUCCCGAAAGGAGGAAAUCCAUAGACUCCGGCAGGCGGUGGAAGCGGUCAAGUUAAAUCUGACUCUACACAACUCUGCCCGGGUCGCGGUGUCCCUGACCAUGGAAGGAAGGGAGGACUCAGAGCAACCGUCGCCAGACCAAGGGACCAUCAGGAGCGGCCUGUCCGAAGACGGGCCUUCUCCGGCAGCCGGAGACCCCGGGAAGCGCCUUUUCCGAGUGAACCCUCCGGAAGCGGACCGCCUCGGGACCCCGGUCCUGUUUGAAAUGGAGAUCUCCAGGAAACUCUUUGACACCCUGAAUGAAGAUCUCUUUCAGAAGAUCCUUGUGCCCAUCGAGCAGGUCCUGAGGGAAGGGCACCUGCAGAAGACCGAAAUCGACGAAGUGGUCUUGGUCGGCGGCUCGACUCGCAUUCCUCGGAUCCGGCAAGUGAUUCGAGAGUUCUUCGGCAAGGACCCCAACACGUCGGUAGAUCCCGAUCUGGCGGUGGUGACGGGGGUGGCAAUACAAGCUGGGAUCGAUGGAGGGUCUUGGCCGCUUCAAGUUAGUGCUAUUGAAAUUCCGAACAGGCAUUUACGAAAAACCAACUUCAAUUGAACUCCUUCUUCCUCCUCCUCAUCUGGGUGGCCUCUUUUCUCCUUUUCACUUCUCCCAAGUGAAAACAAGCUGUAAAGAUAGUCCAACACACCCCGGGUGUGGACUCACUCUUGCUCAUAUUGCUUUCCAGUUAGGUGACUGGCUGCUUUUAGGUGGACGGCACCUCCUUCCUCCUCCCCUACCCGCCUUUUUGGAAGAACUAAGUCUUCUGAAAUGAUCGUGGACCAAAACAGGCAGCCAUCUCGGGCUGAAUAGCAUGUGACCACACGUGCGGAGCAAACGUGUUUUGAGAAACAAGUUGUGCCAACUGCGAAAAGUGCAAUCCCUUCUAAAUUGUAUUAGCAGGACCUAGUAGUUCCUUUACUUGAUUGUGGAAUGCUACUAUCGAUUUGAACCCAGCGGGCGUGAUGGUGUUGAACACACCACCUGGGACAUUCCCUGGGAUCUGUAUUUGCCGAGACCUGAAGUAUAGCAGUGUUUGUAUUAGUGCAGGCAACAAGGUGGGUGUUCAGAUUGAUCAUCCUGGCGAGUACUCAUUUAACAGGUUGACUUCUCCAGAUGUAGCAGCCCUGCCAGGCUGUGUGUUCUGGGGCUUGGUUACAAGCCUUCCUGUGCCAGGAAAAAUUUUCAACAAAUGGCACCUUUUUUGGUUAGGAAAUAUCGGCACCAUCCAAUAAUCCCAACUAAUUUCCUAAAUGCUUUAUUUAUCCAGUAUUCAGUUGUUUCUCGCUGCUUGGAUUUCCAGGACAUGAUCCUGGUCAGUGACCAAUAAUGAGCGACUCUGUUCUCAGAGUUUUCUAAUCCCUGCUGAAAGCUCAGUCCUGUUUUGCCCGAAGCGUAGCAGUCUACUCAGAGGUAGAUGUCUUUUCAAAAAGGACAUCACAAACUCAGUUUGCGUAAGGUGUAAAGAUUCCAGCUCUUGUCCACAGACAAAUUCCUGCUGUUCUGUUCGGAUCAUUUUUCCAAUUGGGAUUUUGCCCCUCCAAAUGAUGUAUUUGCUCUUGUCUCCUUGCUGCUGUUUUUCUAGCUUUGGGUUUUAGCGCCAUUCUGUUUUGUUUUACAUCUUGGGGUUCCAGUGUUUGGUUACAGUUGAAGGCGGAUCACGUCCCUAGGUGAGGCCUAUGGGGAAGUCAGGGAGGUCUGAGGGACCCAAGUAACUUCACAAAGAGCCCGGCGAGUAGCAAGGAGGCUGUAUUUGUAUAGGGCUGAGUAACCGUGUCCAGGUGCACCAUUGGUAGUCUAGGUUUGUAGACCUCCCUAGGAGUGGGCAGUUAACGUGGCAGCUAAAGUGCUUAAGCAUGGCAGCUAAAAAUCAAAGCCCAGAUGAUCCUGAUGCCAUCCAUAUAGGUUCACUCCAGUUGUAGGUCUGUUAUCUCCAUUGUGGCUAACUAGAAGGCGAUUGCCGUUGCCCAUCCCUGGGACUGUUCAACUAAGAAAACUUAGGUUACAAAGAAACAGGCUAUUUUGCAGAGGUUGGAGUUAUCUUCCCUAAUUUUUCGAGACUUUUUUCCAUAAUGGUUUUUUUUUAUGGGUUGAUGCACCCGGUUCCAGGUACGGUUCUCUUUCAUAGAAAUGAGGAAAAUCACAUGACUUUGACUGUCCUUUGCAUGAACAAAAGGUGAAUUGGAUUCUCUUAUAAAUAAGAGAAAUGUGGAAUUUCUUGUGCUGAUGUGCCUUGGAAUGGUUUUAGGCUGAAAGAGGACCUUUAUUUCUCUUGUGUUUCAUACCCUGUCAGCAUCUUCCAGGUUCAGAUGAAAUCAGAUUCAAACAGUGAAAUAAAUAGAAGCAUUUUUAAGUCAUUCAGUAUACCAAAAUUGGAGAACUGUUUCUGGAAUUUGAAAAUUUAUCGGGCUAGAUAGCAGCUUUUAAAAGCAACCUAGUUUAGUACCUUACUUGAACCAAAUGAAGGCAGUUUGCCUUCAGCCAAAUGCAUUGGUUUGGGAUUAUACAGUCUUGUACUUGAAAGAGGAUUCAGAUUACAUGGAAACUGAGACCCCCGUUAUCUGCAAGAGAUCAUUUAUAACAAACUUUGGGAAAAGACUUUUUUUCUUUAAAAAGAACAUAGUACAUUUUGGGUGCAUUAUACUAUAAGUACUGCUUUCCGUUUCAUAUUUUGAUGAAGAGCCUACUUGUAUUGUUCUACAACGUGUGAGGUACUUAUUUAUUACGUAUCAGAAGAGAAUUUUGGUACUGUAUUUUGGCUCGGACCACUGAGUUUGCGAAUGAUAUUCCAUUGUCUAUAUACCUCUCAUUAGUGCACAGAGAUUUAUGUUGAUAUGGGUCGGAGAUGACUCAGCAGCAUUAAGAUGAGAUUAUGUGAAUUAGGUGGCAUUGUAGAGUUUAUAUUUUGAAAACUGCACUUUAUUGUCCUUUCAGUGCCUAAGGUUGUUCCCAUUUUAAGGCACUUAGGUUGCCACUGGCCUGUCCCAAAUAUUACUGAAAAUGGAGCUUCUUGAUAUUGUAUUUUCCCCUACUGACAAAUCCAGUACAGUAAGAUAUAUGAUAUCCAAAAUUCGGUUUAUUAAAAUAUCAUUUUGGAUGAGCACUUGUCAAUAAAGAUUAGACUGUAUUUUCUGCAUUAUAA